AAUUAUAAAGACAUAACAUAAUUGGCCACGUUGCUCUUCCUCUUCUUCAUUUAAACCUUCCCAUUUCUUCUCUCUCUCAAAGCUCCAUUUCAAACAAAUUCCGAUGAACCACGCCGCUGUUCAUUAGUUUCCUUCAUUUCCCAUUAUGGGCCAAUCUUCCUCAACUCACAAUUUCUCACCCACCAAGUUCAAUUAUUCCCAAACUAACCCUGUACAUUCAGAUGAAGACAAUUCCCCCAUUUUACAUCCCAUAAAUUACACUUAUACCCUUCCUGACGAAUGUUUAGCUCUAAUAUUCCACUCCUUACCCUCCAUCGACCGUAAGAAAUGCUCCUUAGUCUGCCGGCGUUGGCUUUUAAUCGAAGGGCAAAAUCGUCAUCGUCUUUCACUCAAUGCAAAAUCCGAAAUAAUCCCCAAAAUACCCUCCAUCUUCACUCGCUUUAAUUCCGUUACUAAACUCGCUCUCCGGUCUGACCGAAAAUAUGUUAGCAUAAACGAUGAGGGUUUGAUCCUUAUAUCUAUCCGGUGCGUGAAUCUCACGCGCUUGAAGUUGCGUGGAUGUCGAGAUGUUACUCAUUUUGGAAUGGCUUGUUUGGCUAAGAAUUGUAAGAAGUUGAGGAAAUUCUCUUGUGGAUCUUGUAUGUUUGGAGCUCAAGGUAUGAAUGCUUUGCUUAACAACAGCAUUUCCCUUGAAGAACUAUCUGUUAAACAGUUACGGUGUAUGAAUAAUACUCAUAGUGUGUCUGUUGAAGAACCGAUUAGUAUUGGAUCUAAUGCUUCUUGUUCGCUUAAAUCUAUAUGUUUAAAAGAGCUUUAUAAUGGACAAUGUUUCGGACCUUUCAUAACGGGAUCAAAGAAUCUAAGGACGUUGAAGUUGUUGCGAUGUUUAGGUGAUUGGGAUAGGGUAUUUGAGACGAUUGCAAGUAACAUGGAAAAUCAUUUAGUUGAGAUUUUAUUAGAGAGGGUUCAAGUGAGUGAUAUUGGACUUAAGGCGAUAUCGAAGUUUUUGGAGUUGGAGAUUCUGCAUUUGGUGAAGGUUCCGGAAUGUACGGAUGUCGGAGUUGUAGAUGUGGCUAGAAAUUGUAAAUUGUUGAGGAAGGUUCAUAUUGAUGGAUGGAGGACGAAUCGAAUAGGCGAUAUUGGCUUGUCUGCAAUUGCUGAGAAUAGUGUAAACCUUAAAGAAUUGGUCCUUAUGUGUUUGAACCCUAUAAAGAGUAGUUUAUUAGCCAUUGCUUCUAAUUGCCAAAAAUUAGAAAGAUUAGCACUUUGUGGUAGUGAGAGUAUUGGGGAUGCUGAAGUAACUUGUAUUGCUACAAAAUGUAUGGCUUUGAAGAAGCUUUGUAUUAAGGGAUGUGAAGUGACGGAUGAAGGGAUCGUGUCUUUCGCGUGGGGAUGUCCUAAUUUGGUGAAAAUUAAGGUUAAGAAGUGCAAGCACGUAACGAGUGAAGUUGCAGAUGUGUUGAGAUCACGGAGGGGGUCUCUAGCCGUGAAUCUUGAUGUUGGGGAAGUUGAUGUGGAGGUUGGGGAUGGUAGCGCGAGUGAUGGUGGGGUAGUAGAAGAAGGCGUGGAGUUUCCACCGAUUGCAAGUACUGUUGCCGCCAUUGAUAAUGAUAUCCCAUCGACAAGUAAUGUAGGUCGAUCAUCAGCAUCUAAUUCUGCAAGGUUUGGCUUUCUUGGAGGAAGGGGCUUUGUGGCUUGCUCUUUCCGCAGGUGGUCAAAUGGUAAUGGUAAUUCCAAUGAGAGCUUGUGAAAAUUGUGAGCAUAAGUUAGAACACAGAAAACACUCUGUUUAGCCACUGGUGAUGAAUUCACUAUGGCUAUUCAACGUCAAACUCCGAUUUUCUUACUACACAGGCAGGCAGCAGCUAAACGAAGCCUGAAUCCAUUCAAUGAAGGAAGUGAUGUUUGCUACGAUCAAUAUCCAAACAAGACCCUGACUCUGAAUCUUAGAUGACUCUCCAACUUGACAGGAUCCAAAUGAAAAAAAGGAUAUACAACGGUAUGAUUAAGCAAAGGUUAUUUUAUCACAUAAGUACGCUUCUGAAUGACCAACCUCUUUCUUCAGCUGUAACACAUUCCAAUCAAGGUCCAGAAGCUCGGGGAUUCAAAAGCCAUAUGUUCCAAAUGACUAGCUUGUAUGGUGAUGCGUUCACCCACUUGCACGCUUCCUUGUAAAUUUACAGUUAUAUUUAUGUAUUGAAUUUGCCACUUAUCUUCU